AAUGAUAAUGUGAUUGAAUCUUGUAAUCAAUGUUGUGUUGUGGGGUAUAUAUAAACAAAAAAUUUAACAAAACCAACCGCACAAGUUUCAACACUCCAUUUCAUCUACUUCCAAAUAUUCUUCUUCUCUAACUCUCCUUCCAACAAUGGCACAACCACCUUCUUCUUCCAUUCUACACAUAACCAUCAUCACACUAACAUGCCACUUCUUCCUCCUCACUCAUGCCACAAAAAAUCCAGAUUUCCAUCCAUUACUUGCAUUCAAAAUCGCUUCCGACACAUCUAACAAACUCACUUCAUGGAACAUUACUACAGACCUAUGCACAUGGUAUGGUGUCUCCUGUCUUAGAAACCGUGUCUCCCGCCUUGUCCUCGAAGACCUCGACCUCCACGGCUCCUUUGAACCGUUAACAUCUCUCACUCAGCUCCGUGUUCUUAGCCUUAAACGUAACAGUUUUAACGGUCCUAUUCCGAAUCUCUCCAACCUCACUUCAUUAAGACUUCUUUUCCUUUCUUACAACAACUUCUCCGGUGAGUUCCCGGAAUCACUCACCUCGUUAACCCGUCUCUACCGUCUUGAUCUUUCCCAUAACAACAUAUCUGGUGAGAUUCCAGUGAAUGUCAACAGUUUGUCUCGCCUCCUCACUCUUCGCCUUGACGGAAAUCAAAUUGAAGGACACAUUCCAAAUAUAAACCUCUCUAACCUCCAAGACUUCAAUGUCUCCGGUAACAUUCUCUCUGGUCGAAUACCGGAGUUACUUUCGGGUUUUCCAGAUUCGUCUUUCACACAAAACCCGUCUCUAUGUGGUAAACCAUUGCAAAAAUGUAAAGAUGUUCCUGCCCUUGCUUCGUCAUUGGUUCCACUUCCAUCUUCUUCGGGUUCAAUGCCGGGAAACAAGUCCCAUGGAAAUGGAGGUCCAAGAAUGGGGACUUUGGUCUUAAUUACAAUUAUCCUCGGCGAUGUAUUGGUACUCGCCAUUGUUUCAUUGCUUCUAUACUGCUACUUCUGGCGCAACCACUCUAACAAGAUGGAGGAAAGAAAAGAAGCAGAGUCGAAUUCAAAGAGUAUAGAGGGUGAAAAUCAAAAGAUGGUUUAUAUUGGGCAACAAGGGUUGGAUAAAGGUAAUAAAAUGGUGUUUUUCGAAGGGGCGAAGAGGUUUGAGUUAGAGGAUUUGCUUCGUGCUUCAGCGGAAAUGUUGGGAAAAGGUACACUUGGCACUGUCUACAAAGCUGUUCUUGAUGAUGGAAGUGUUGUAGCUGUGAAGAGGUUGAAAGAGGUUCAGAUUGGAGGGAAGAAAGAGUUCGAGCAGAGAAUGGAAGUUCUUGGAAAGUUAAGACACUCCAACAUUGUUUGCUUGAAAGCUUAUUAUUUUGCAAGGGAUGAAAAAUUGCUCGUCUUUGAUUAUAUGGUUAAUGGCAGCUUGUUCUGGCUCCUUCAUGGUAACAGAGGACCAGGAAGAACCCCACUUGAUUGGACCACAAGGCUAAAGAUAGCAUCUGGAGCAGCAAAAGGUGUAUCCUUCAUUCACAACCACAACAAUAAUCUCACCCACGGUAACAUCAAAUCCACCAACAUCCUAAUCGACGUCUCUGGAAACGCACACGUGGCAGAUUUCGGACUCUCAAUUUUCACCACUCCAUCAAACAGAAGAUCCAACGGUUACCGCGCUCCAGAAUCAUCAGACGGUCGAAAACAAUCCCAAAAAUCCGACGUGUAUGCCUUUGGUGUUCUGUUAAUGGAGAUAUUAACAGGGAAAUGUCCCUCCGCCGUAGACGGCGGAACUGAGGUGGAGCUACCUAAGUGGGUUCAGUCGGUGGUUAGAGAGGAAUGGACGGCUGAGGUUUUUGAUCUUGAGCUGAUGAGGUAUAAGGAUGCUGAGGAGGAUAUGGUGACGUUGUUGCAGAUUGCUUUGACGUGUACUGCGAUUCUACCUGAUCAACGGCCUAAGAUCAGCCACGUCGUUAAGAGGAUUGAGGAAUUGCGUGAUGUGGCUUCGUGCCAUGACACGUUGGAUUCGGUUUAUGAUUCACCUUCUUUGUCUGAUGAUGCAACUGGAGCUGGAGGAGCUAUUCACUGAAUAAUCUUACUUUUCACCAAGGAUUGAAACUAAGUAAUAGUAUAAGUAAUUAAUCUAAAUCUAAAUUAUUAUUAUUAGGUUAUUUUUGUUUUUCAAAUUUUAUGUCACUAUUGUAAUGUAAUGUACUUCUUCCGAUCCUCAAUAUAAGAGAGAUUUCAUUUUUUAGAUUCAUCGAGAAUCUAACGUAUCUAGUCCAUAUUAUGAUGUAUACAUUACAUUUUCAAUGAAUUUAAAAAAAAUGAAGUCUCUAUUAUAUUAAGGACCGGAGGGAGUGAUUUUAAAUUGUGGUUAUAAGUUCGAGUUGCAUUUAUGCUACAAAUUUUUAUAUAACGAUAAAAUAUAGAUAAAUGUAGUCGAUUCGAUAAGGCUGCAAUUGUGAUUAUAUGAUAUUGCAAGAUCUUUUAAGUUA